CAUGUGAUUUACUGGUCACAUGACUUAAGUCUCUGGCACCGGUUUAUUUUCACUGAAUAUAAACGUAGAGUUCAGUCGGUCUCAAUAUAAAUGUAGAGUUCAGUCGGUCUCUGCUGACUAGCCACUGUCUCCUCUUCUGAACGUUACUUACUUUUUUAAAGCAAAGAUUUAAAUUCCACCUCAGUGUAAAAGAUGUCUGCGGCGGGUUUAGUGGUCCUGUUUUCAGUCCUGCUGUCCGGUGUGAGUGCCGGAGUGUUUUUCAACCAAAAGCAGUCGUGCUAUGUCCGCACACCGAGAAGAGACGACUUUGGACAGAUGACCGCUCCUCGUCCUCAUGAGUAUUUAAACAUUUCUGAAUUGCCCAAAUCAUGGGACUGGAGGAACAUCAAUGGCACCAACUAUGUGAGCACAACCCGCAACCAGCACAUUCCCCAGUACUGUGGCUCCUGCUGGGCCCAUGGCAGCACUAGUGCUAUGGCAGAUCGCAUCAACAUUAAGAGGAAAGGAGCGUGGCCAUCUGCCUAUCUCUCUGUCCAGCAUGUGAUCGACUGCGGUGAUGCCGGCAGUUGCCAUGGAGGAGAUCACAGUGGAGUUUGGGAGUACGCCAACAAACACGGGAUCCCAGAUGAGACCUGCAACAACUACCAGGCUAAAGACCAGAAAUGCAAACCUUUCAAUGGAUGUGGCACCUGCACCACCUUUGGAGUGUGCAAUAUUGUGAAGAACUACACCAUGUGGAAAGUGGGAGAUUUUGGAGAUGUCAGCGGGAGGGAGAAGAUGAUGGCAGAGAUCUACGCAAGAGGACCAAUCAGCUGUGGGAUAAUGGCCACAGACAAACUGGAUGCCUACACUGGAGGUCUCUACUCUGAAUAUCAGGAGGAUCCUUCCAUCAAUCACAUUGUGUCAGUGGCGGGAUGGGGAGUGGAAGACGACGUUGAAUACUGGAUUGUACGCAAUUCCUGGGGAGAGCCGUGGGGUGAGAAAGGUUGGCUCAGGAUCGUGACCAGUGCCUACAAGGGAGGAAGUGGAAGCACAUACAACCUGGCGUUGGAGGAGGACUGCAUGUACGGAGACCCAGUUGUCCCCAAGGCCUACCUGUAGAGGAAAGCAGCCCUCAGUGUCAGAGGUUGUUACUGCACAGUCUUCCUGUCAGAGAGAAACUUUUUUACAACCAUUUGUAAAAUGUUGAUAAGGGAAUAAGUUCAGAUUUUUUUCAGAGAUCUAUUUUUUACACAAAUUAAAGGGUCAAAUCAGACCUGCUUGAAUGAAUGCAAAUAGAUGUUCUUUCCAAGAGGAAAUUGACAGCUUUUUAUAGAUUACAUUUGUCAAUGCUAACUAACUAAGCCAAAGAACAGUUCUUCAGUGUGUGGCGUUAUUGUAUUUACAAUAUUGCACCUCACCUUGUUAAAAGAAACAAUCAACUUUAAAGUUUGCCUUACAUGCACUGGCAGCCGAACUGUUGUUUCCUUUUUGUGUUCACACUUAUCUAUACAUCAGGAAUUCUAGAACAAUUGCUUUGUUGUCAAUAAACACAACACUUAAAAGUGAUGCUCAAAAUCUGU